AUGGCGCGGAAGACUGGCUCGCUUGCGUUCCUGGGGCUUAUCCGCGGCAGCGCAGACGAGGAGAUGCCUUCUUGGACCAUAGACUGGCGAGUGGACGUCUCUUCUGCAGGAGACAGAUGGCAGGGUUACAGGAUUGGUGACACUCCACAUUACCCGUACGCCGCCGCCAAAGGGCGUCUAUGCCAAGCGAACGGAACAGAACAGGAACGCGAUGUGCGUUUGGUUGUUCGCGGCCGGAUCAUUGACACGGUCCAAUUCGUGUCAAGUGUUACCCGGGAAGAGAUCGCAACUUUUGGAGUAGAGAAUGUACGACUGGCCGAAGAAAUGGCUAACCUCACAAAGACCAUGCCUACAGUGGAUAUCGAUACGUUUGACGAGAUGAAUACUGCUAAGGAACGUAUAUUCGUUACGCUCUUGGGCCAUGAUCUUGGUCCGCAAGCCCUCACAGAGCCUCUACAAUAUACUAUAGGCGAUUUGAUCUCAAUGUACGAACGCUUCAUUGAAACGAAAAUAUCCGAGCCCGUGAGCGAAGCAGUUCACAAAGAGAAGUUCCCUCAGAUGAACCUGCGACUCAUUCACAAACGUCUCUUCCUCGGCCACAAGCAAUUGUUUGGGCUUGGACCAAAAGCCGUUCAACCUGGCGAUUGCAUAUGCAUUAUACACGGAUCUACAGUCCCUCUGCUAUUGAGGCAGUGUGAAGAUGGGAAAGAGUACACGGUGGUCGGACAGUGCUACUACGAAAGCUGGAUGUAUGGCGAAAAGGUCGAUUGGGAUGAGGACGCAGCUGAUGAGUUUGUACUGGUAUGA